AUGGCUAAGAAGGACCCAUACGCGCGUUUGCGCGAAUUGAUCAAGCGCCGGGCCAGUCAGACUCACGAUUGCCUCGAGACUUGCCUCGAGAAUGUAUCUCGCGGACCGCAGCGCGAUGCAGACGGCUUAGUUUGCUCAAAACUCGCGGAACUUGGCUAUCUCGAGCAGCUGAAGGAGGCGCGGCGACUCGACUUUCCGUGGAACGAAUGGACGUCUGCGAAUGCCGCCAUGAAUGGGCAUUUGAAGUGUUUGAAGUACGCGCACGAGCGCGAGUGUCCUUGGGACUGGAGGACGUGCUAUUACGCCACCCGGAAUGGACAUUUGGAAUGUUUGAAGUACGCGCACGAGCACGGCUGUCCUUGGGACGAGAGGACGUGCAUGAAUGCCGCCCGGAGCGGACAAUUGGAGUGUUUGAAGUACGCGCACGAGAAUGGAUGUCCCUGGAACGAGUGGACGUGCGCACUUGCCGCCAUGGAUGGAGAGUUGGAAUGUUUGAAGUACGCGCGUGAGCGCGGGUGUCCUUGGGACGAGACGCAAGAGAUGGCUGCCGAGAAUGGACAUGAAUUCAUGUCAAUGGAUACAUACGUGCAAUAUACGAACAACUAA